GUUACUGCAACAAGUGCACUAAAUGUACACGAGAGUUCGAGAACGAGUGAAGACGCCAGCAUGUGGCACGCGGUUACUGUUCCUGCAACCUUAGAAGAUCAUGUGUGCAGAUUCUCUACAAACAAGCUCUGUUUCAAAGGGCUGCUUUGUCUUCAAAGCCAAAAUGGCAAAGAAAGCCUUAAGACCAGGGGACUACAUGUGCCAAGAUGGCUCAGACUCAGAGGCUGCAUGGUUCAGAUGUAACACGUACGAGGCGCUAUGGGACAGGGUCAGUGAAGGCAUUGAGGCAUUACAGUCAGAAGUGAAUGAAGAGAUCUUCUCAGACCUCAUCCAGUUUGUGAAGAAUGGACAAGCAGGAUUUGAACCAGAAGGCACGUUGCCAGGGCAACGACCUCAGCGGGUCAUCAAGGAGAUCCCAACAGCUGCUUUUAUUGCAGGUGUCAAUGUGACUGACCACAGUGCAACGUUUGCCGCCAUCACCACCCAACUCAAGGAUCAGGUGACCCCUCAUGUUGCUAAUCUUUUAUCCCGGGACUGCAACAACCUUCGGGCAUUGAUGUCUAGCCUGGUGUCCCAGCUGAUGGGUACUGAUGAUGUUAUAAGUGAUGACGAGGAGGAACUGAAUAUCAAGAAAAUACCGGCGACAAUGCCCGUCCUGAGGGCGUGGUACCAUGACACUGCAAAGAAGCGAAAGGCGCAGCAGGGAGAGGCCUCACCUCCCAAGCCGGCCAAGAAGUCGCAGAGGAGCAAGAAGAGACGAUCAAGCAGUACGUUCAACAAGAAUUAUGCAGAGUUCCCGCCCGUUGUCAUCCUGUUUGAAGACUUGGAGAGCUUCACGCCGCGAGUCCUGCAAGAUUUCAUUCUGAUCUGCAGUGAGUACCUGUCACAACUUCCGCUGGUGUUGCUCUUUGGCAUAGCUACAUCGGUGGCUGCCAUCCACCGCAUCCUGCCCCAGGCCGUGUCUUCCCUCCUGAGCAUUGAGAAGUUCCAGGCUAAGCCCUCAACAGUCUACCUCAGCCAACUCAUCAGUAAAGUUCUGCUUACUCCCUCCCAUCCUUUCAAACUCGGCCACAAAGUCUUCCAACUUCUCCUGGAUAUCUUCCUCUUCCACGACUUCUCAGUAAUCAACUUCGUCAAAGGACUGCAGUUUGCCAUGAUGGAUCAUUUCUUCAGCCACCCUCUCAGCUUGCUAUGCUGCAACUACGGCGAGGGACUGAACAGACUACGUACCCUGGCACACGACCAGCUAGAGCUGUUCAGACAAGCUGCCUCCUUCAGAACGUUUGUUGAAGGUCAACCUCCAGAACAACAGAGGGCGCUGUUGCUGGAUGACAAACAUCUGAAGAAGACACUCCAGGAACUUCUCAAGAAGCUGGUAGAUUACCACAGGGCAUUCUAUCCACUGAUGGAAUGCCUCAACAUCUUAACUGGGCAACUCCCCCAUCACCCACUGGGAAAGCAACAGCGGGAGCUGUACUCUAUGUGCUUGGAGGGCAAUGUGUGGGAAAGCGCUGGCUACAAGGAAGCUUUCAGUCUGCUGAAACUGAUGGCCAGAGAUGAGCUGAUGGCCCUGCUGGAAAAAUGCAUCGAAAGGCUGACUUGCAGCGACAACCCCCUACAGGAUGCAAGAUUUCAGCUAGAGACCCUACACACGCGACUGGCCACAAUCGCAGAGGAUGAUAACAAGCCUCAGGAGGAAGUUCGGGAAGAAGUCAGCGAGGAAUCACGGUCCAAGACCGAGCGCGUCACAUUGCGUUCUCUGCAGCAGAAACUGAUGGAGUCAGUCAAAAAGACACGCAAACCGACAAAAUACGAGAGCCUUGUUAAUGAAACAUUGGAGUUCUUUGAUUCCAUCUUCAGAAAGCACCUGGUGUGUCCGAAUACAUUGACCUUCCACGAGAUAUUUUAUUACAACUCGGUGUCUGACGUGAGGCAUCACAUCAAUGCCUCACCCAGAGCAGCAAUACAGACUGCCCUGAAUAACCCAUCCCACUACCUGCAGAGUGAGUUGUGCAAAGCUGAGCCUGGGGUUGUUCUGAGCACAAUGCCUGAUGUGUGCAUUGCCUACAAGCUACACAUGGAGUGCGGGCGACUCAUCAACCUCUACGACUGGCUGCAGGCUUUCAUCACUGUGGUAACUGGUGAACAAGAGCAGGAUGAGGGCUCCCAUGACAACAGCAAGAAACCAGAUCCACAGCUGCAGGCUCGUUUCAUCCGUGCAGUGUCAGAGCUCCAGUUCCUGGGAUUCAUCAAGGCGACACGGAAGAAGACUGAUCACGUGGCCAGGCUGACUUGGGGUGGCAUAUGAGGGGCGAGAUCAAGGAUUCACUAGGGUGUAACGUUGCAGUAAAUUUGUUCCCAGUCUGUGGCCUUUGAGUGCUGAUUGGGAGAUGGAGAGUUUUGGAGUACAAUUAAGGAUUAGCAGUUACACGACUGUCAUGCCUGAAAUGGGCUUCCACUGCUAAAGCCAAGUCUAUUAUCAGUGUGACCAGGUGAAUUUACAAUGGGUAGAUACCUAGAUCUAGCUGUAGACAGCAGCCAUUGUUUGCUUGCACAGUGCACCAUUAUGGAGGGAAGAUUUUGUUGUGAAAGUGUAAAGCAUCUGCUCAUGCACAUUACAUGGAAACAACAAGCUUCCCUCUUUGAUGGUGCACUGUCAAGCUUUGUACAUGAGGACUGCUAGUCUUGUCCAGUCAACAGUGACUGGUAAACUCAUGCGGGCCAUGUGACAGCAUUCAGCAUCAUCAGUGGGCUUCAGCACAAGCAACUGUAAGCCCCAAUCAGCCCUUCUAAUUGCUCACAGGGUUGGCAAUCGUGCAUGGGGUUAUCAUACCCAUUUGGUCUGCCUGCAGUUGCUGGGCAAUAGUGGAGGACUAAAGCACUACCCAGUGGUGACCCACUAGAGGCCUGACCAAUUUUCAACUUAAUGAGCACAAAAGUAAGCACUGUGCUUUUCUUGCAUUCUAAUUGGCAAGUCACCUUGAAGAUCAAAUUUCCGAUGAAAUUUUGCAGUUCCACAAAAGGUUAUAUUUUUGUACGGAAUUUACAAUGUUACCUUUUUUGUUUGAUUUGCUAUAACUUGUAGGUUUGCUGUAUGUCAUAGCAAUACAUCAAAUAAACAUACAAAGGGAAUACAAGACGUGUAAA